GUGGGAACAGGCGGGAGGGAGGACAGGGCUCCUCUCGCUUUCAUUUUUCUCCAGUCUUCCUUCUUGGACGCUCAGACGUCUCUCCCUCUCUCUCUCCCUCUCUCUCUCUCCCUCUCUGUCUCUCUCUCUCCCCCUCUCCCUCUCUCUCUCUCUCUCUCUCACUUUUGGUCUUGUGUAUUUGGGAUUUUUGGACCGACCGGGACGGGUCAUGCCGGUGGUCGGGGUGGCCUCUAAACUCAGGCAGCCGUCUGCUGUGGGCUCCAAGCCCGUGCACACGGCCCUCCCCAUCCCCAACCCCAACCGGACCGCCGCCGUCCCGCCGGGCUACGCGGGCCGCGCGGCCGACACGGGCCCGCCGCUCUCCUGUCAGCUGUCAAUCAAGUCAGAGUACCAGCAGGAGAGGCGCACGCCCGAGGGAAAGACCCGGGCUGAGACAGAGGAGAACAAGAUCUGCAAGAUCUACACUGACUGGGCCAACCACUACCUUGCCAAGUCCGGCUGCCAGCGCCUCAUCAAGGACCUGAGCCAGGAUGUGGCUGACGGAGUCCUGCUGGCCGAGAUCAUCCAGAUCAUAGCAAAUGAAAAGGUGGAGGACAUCAAUGGCAGCCCCAGAAGCCAGACACAGAUGAUCGAGAAUGUGGACGCCUGCCUCAGCUUCCUGAGCGCCAGAGGAGUCAACGUCCAGGGACUCUCAGCAGAAGAGAUCCGUAAUGGCAACCUGAAAAGCAUCCUGGGACUUUUCUUCAUCCUGUCACGCUACAAGCAGCAGCAGCAGCAGCAGCAGCAGUACUACCAGUCUCUGGUGGAGCUCAGCCAGCAGACCAGCACCUCCUCCUCCUCCUCCUCCUCCUCCUCCUCCUCAGCCCACAAGACACAAGACAUGCAGUCCAGAUCGAUCAUCAGACUGUCAGAUAGUGAAGUGGGUUUCAUCGCUCCAGAGAACACGUUUCCACUGCUCCAGAGUCCAAUGGCAGUGUGGCACAGCGCUUGCACCGCUGCCUCGCAGCAAGAAGGUCACGGGUUCAAGUCCCACCUGGGGCGGGUGCUGGCGCUGGCACAUCCUCACGGCGCGGCGAGCAGCGCGGCGCCCUCAGAAAACUGGCGAGCAGCGGGCACGUCCUCACGGCGCGGCGAGCAGCGGGGCGCCCUCAGACAACUGGCGAGCAGCGGGCACGUCCUCACGGCGCGGCGAGCAGCGCGGCGCCCUCAGACAACUGACGAGCAGCGGGGCGCCCUCAGAAAACUGGCGAGCAGCGGGCACGUCCCCACGGCGCGGCGAGCAGCGGGGCGCCCUCAGAAAAGUGGCGAGCAGCGGGCACGUCCUCACGGCAUGGCGAGCAGCGCGGCGCCCUCAGACAACUGGCGAGCAGCGGGCACGUCCCCACGGCAUGGCGAGCAGCGGGGCGCCCUCAGAAAAGUGGCGAGCAGCGGGCACGUCCUCACGGCGCGGCGAGCAGCGGGGCGCCCUCAGACAACUGGCGAGCAGCGGGCCGUGAGAGACCAGGAAUAUUCCUGGCUCCCAGUACACCAGAAGUCGGUGAGGGGCAUUCCAGUCCCAGGCGGUAUGAACGGUACUGGUAUUGGCGGCUCGGUGCCAACCAGCCUCAGCGGGCAGCAGCUGGCAUCUGCCAUUCCCUCGCCAACCGCCAGCAAGUCGUGGCGCAGCAAAUCCAUGAACCUCAAGCACAGCGCCACUUCCUCCAUGCUGGCCAGCCCCACGCACUCCCCCUCACCCACCCCUCCUCCCACGCAGGCCUCCGACCGCCUCAGGCCGCCCGCCGGCGAGGGGCCCAAGGCGGGGUCCGGCGCAGGCAGCGUCCCCCCUCAGCGCUCCAUGUUGGAGAAGUUCCGCCUGAUCAACCCACGCUCGGCGUCCCGCACCUCCCCAUCCAUGGCGGAGAUGGCACUGCAGGAGGAGGACGACCUGUCAGAGUACGGCGAGGACGGGCUGACCCCUGUGGGGCCGGCCUGUACGAGCACCACUGCAUCCAGACAUGCGUCGCCUGCCAAGACCCCUGGCCCAGGUCUCACCGGGCCAGGGAAAACGCCACCCUCCUCCUCCUCGUCUUCCUCAGUCUCCUCCUCUAAAGCCGCCACCAGUGGCAGCAAGUCCGCAUCCCCGCCCAAGGACAGAGAGGAGGGCAAGGGCAAGUCAGGGAGAACCCCCAAAGCCAGCUCCCCACACAAAGAGGAGCGAGAAGCCGCCGCUGACCAGUCCAAGAAGAGCUCCAAGAUCGCCAGUCUCAUCCCCAAAGGAGGGAAAAGCUCCUCGGGGAAAAAGGAGAGCUCCGCCCCCCCAGCAUCCAGCGGGAUACCCAAACCUGGACUCAAAGCUCCCUCCACCCCCACCACAGCCAAAUCCCAGAACCAGAACCAGGUGGCUCUGAACAGCAGCGGGAACCUGCGGGGGGGUGAUGGGGAGAAAGCCAAGCUCGUGAAAGGCAGUCAGGGGGGGAGCUUCUACAUGCAGCGCUCGCUGGGGGGGCUGGAGGGCCGACGGACCAGCAUCACUUCCUCCAGCAGCACCUCUGCCCUGUCCGGCUCCACCGGGGGCAUGGUGGGAGGAGGAGGAGGAGGGGUGCUGGGGGGGAAUGGAGUGGUACAACUGCCCCAGCAGCAACAACAUAACCACCCGAAUACAGCAACUGUAGCCCCUUUCAUGUACAGGACAUUUUCGGAGAACGACUGCACGAUGGUGGCCCCAGCAGACCCCUGUCUCAGCCCCACCAAGGGGGAACUGGUCUACAGCAAGACAGCCAAACAGUGUCUGGAGGAACUCUCCGGUAGUGAUCCGGAGACUAGGCGCAUGCGAACAGUGAAGAACAUCGCCGACCUGCGGCAGAACCUGGAAGAGACCAUGUCCAGCCUGCGGGGGACGCAGAUCAGCCACAGUACCCUCGAAACCACCUUCGACACAACUGUAACAACCGAGGUCAAUGGGCGGAGCCUCCCGGGCCUUGCCACACGCUCCUCCCCCAUGGCCUGGCGCCUCGGCCAAUCGCAGACCCCGCGCCUCCAGGCAGGCGACGCCCCCUCCAUACCUAGCGGUGGCUAUGCUGCUCCCAGGUCCACGGGCACGAUGGCAGCCACCGCCAAUGCCGCUGGGCGCUACAGCGGCCAUCCAGAGUCCUCCAGGUACAUUACAGAGGGCGGCCUUCAUUUGUACGCGCGGAAUGCCUCCCGGACGUCGGACCUGCCCUCCUCCCGAGACAUGUCCCAGAGGGCCGGCAAAGAGAUGCAGGGGGACAUCGACAGCUGGGACGACAGCAGUUCAGUGAGCAGCGGUCUGAGCGACACACUGGACAACAUCAGCACCGAUGAUCUGAACACGCCUGCCUACGCCGUCGCCGGCUCCUCAUCUUCACGCAAGAACAAAGGAGCACAGACCCAGAGAGGGAGUCGGUCCCGGCAUGCGGAGCAGGAGGUUGGCUCCAGCUGGGCCGGAGCCGAGGACCUGAAGAAGGUCGACGAGGAGCUGGACGCCAACAUGGACCCCACCUCUCGCUGGAAACAUUCCUCCUCCUCCUCCUCGCAGCCGCAGGGCCAGUAUGAGGACCCGGGCCAGAAGGCGUCUCAGACGGGCUCCUGGAGGAGAGGCGCGACUGCCCAGGUUGGCAUCACACCUCCCAGGACUAAGAGCUCCACCGCCUCCCUCAAAACACCCGGAAAAACAGACGAUGCCAAGGCCUCUGAGAAGGGCAAGGCCCCGUCUAAGAGCUCAGCGAGCAUCCAGCGCUCGCCCUCAGAUGCUGGCAAGAGCAGCGGCGAUGAAGGCAAGAAGCCGCCUUCUGGAAUCGCCCGCCCACCCACUGCUGGCUCCUUCGGCUACAAGAAGAUCCCGGGCCCUACCGGCACCCUUAUCACCUCCAGCGGAGCCUCCCUGACGAGCGGCUCUGCCACCCUGGGCAAAGUGCCCAAGUCCUCGGCUGCCCUUGGGAAAGGCCCUGGCCUGAGCGGAGUCCGCAAGACCAGCCUAGAUGGCUCGCAGCCCCAAGACGAUGGUAUCCUGCUGGGCUGUGGAGGCUCCAAAGUGCCCCUGCAGUACCGCUCCCUGCCCAGGCCAGCUAAGUCCUCCAGCGGGGCGGCGGCAGGGCGCAGUGGGCACCGGUCAAGCUCCAGCAGCAUCGACUCCAAUGUCAGCGGCAAGUCGGUCGGCGGGGCAGCAACUCCGGCCGGGGCCAAGCGGCGGGAGGCCGGGAAGGUGGGCUCGGACCGCUCCAGCCCCAUCACUGUCAACCAGACAGACAAAGAGAAGGGGGCAGUGUCAGACCAGGACCCAGCAGUGGGGGUGCUGUCCACCUCCCCAAAGUCCAGCCCAACCUCCUGUUCAGCGGGUCAGUCCGGACUAAGACAGCCUGGCUCCAAGUACCCCGACAUCGCAUCACCCACCUUCCGCAGAUUAUUUGGUACCAAAGCCAGCAGCAAGGCCAGCUCCCCGGGUACGCCGGACUCGGGUAAGUGUCCAUCAGCACUGGGAAGCCCACAUGGCACACUGGCACGGCAGGCAAGCCUGGACUCCCCCUCCUCUGGCACUGGCAGCCUGGGCAGUGCCAGCUGCAUGAGCGGCGGCAGCAGCCCGCUUUAUGGGAAAACGCCGGACCUGUGCACCGACUCGCCCGCCUCCAGCCCGGCCUCGGGCCUCUCCCUCCCCUCCAAUGCCCGGCCGUGGCCCGCUUGCAGCUCAUCAGCGGGCAGCAAGGAUACGCUGAGCUGCCAAAGCAUGAUGAGCCUCCACACCAGCUCCGAGUCCAUUGACCUGCCGCUGGGCCACCACGGGCCAAAGGUCACACGGACCGGCAGCGUCAAGUCCACCCUGUCCGAGGGCAUGACCCUUGACAGAAACACGCUCCCCAAAAAGGGACUGAGGUACCAGGCCUCCAACAGACAGACGUCCCACGAUGAAGGGAAGGAAUGGCUGAGGUCUCACUCCACCGGCGGGCUGCAGGACACGGGCAGCCACUCGCCGCUGUCGCCCUCCGGAGCUUCCUGCACCGCUGCGGGCAAAUACCACUACUCCAACCUGCUGAGCCCCACGAACAUCAGUCAGUACAACCUGCCACCGGGGAGCGCCAGUAUGAGCCGUUCCAACAGCAUCCCAGCCCAGGACUCCUUUGAGCUGUAUGGCGAAGGCCACCCACUAGGGGGCAGUGCCACCUCCCUGGAGGACCGCCCACGAGCCAUCAGUCGUUCGGGAUCCUUCCGGGACAGCACUGAUGAAGUCCAUGGGUCGUCGCUGUCGCUGGUGUCCAGCACCUCCUCACUGUAUUCUGCGACGGAGGAGAAAGCACAUUCUGAGGGCCAAACUGUCCAAAAUUCCACGCAAAUCAGGAAGCUGCGCCGAGAGCUGGACGCCUCUCAGGAGAAGGUCGCCACCCUGACGUCUCAGCUGUCCGCCAACGCUCACCUGGUGGCGGCCUUUGAGAAGAGCCUGGGGAACAUGACAUGUCGCCUGCAGAGUCUCACCAUGACCGCUGAGCAAAAGGAGUCAGAGUUGGCUGAAUUGAGGGAGACGAUAGAAACGUUGAAGACUCAGAAUACAGAUGCCCAGGAGGCCAUCCAGGAGGCCCUGAACGGACCCCCCCACCUGCACAAAGACCUGCGGAUCAGACGCCAGCACUCGUCAGAGAGCAUGUCCAGUAUAAACAGUGCUGCCAGUCACUCCAGUAUGGGCAGUCUGGGCAAGGACGCCGAAGACAAGAAGAAGAAAAAGAAGAGCUGGGUGGCUGACUCCAUCCCGGCACAGUUACGCAGCUCCUUCAAGCAGGCUUUCAGUAAGAAGAAGACCAAGUCGCAGUCGGCGCAUGACGAGACGGAGGAGAUGAGUGACUCGCUGCCGUCCUCGCCAAAGCUCCAGCACGCCAACAGGCAAGGCAGUAUCCCCACGCUGCGCACGUCCCCCUCCACCACCGAGCUGUGCGAGUGCACGGAGGCGGAGGCUGAGAUCAUCCUGCAGCUGAAGAACGAGUUGAGGGAAAAGGAGCUCAAGCUUACAGACAUCAGGCUGGAGGCGCUAAGCUCCGCCCACCACCUGGAUCAGAUCCGAGAGGCCAUGAACCGCAUGCAGAAUGAGAUCGAGAUACUGAAGGCGGAGAAUGACCGCCUCAAAUCCAGCGGGAACGCCACGCCCACGGCCACGCCCACACCCAUCAAGUCGGCCCGGCCGCCAUCCGAGACCUCCAGCACGUCCUCGUCCUCCUCACGACAGUCACUUGGCCUGUCACUCAACAACCUCAACAUCACAGACACCAUCAUGUCAGAUAUUCUCCUGGACGACGGCUACGAAGGAAACCUGCGAAAAGAAGGCCGCAGCGUUCGGAUAGUGGUCACCAUCAACAGCGGCUCCAACCAGACCAAGGGUAAACAAAAACAGGACUACCUGAUCGGCUCCAUAGGAGUGAGCGGGAAAACAAAGUGGGACGUGUUGGACGGUGUCAUCCGACGCCUCUUCAAGGAGUACGUGUUUCGGGUUGACCCGAUGACGAGUCUCGGUCUGAACUCGGACAGCAUCGUGUGCUACCGGAUGGGAGAGGUGGUGCGCGCCCACGCCUCCGAGGUACCAGAGCUGCUGCCCUGCGGCUACCUGGUGGGCGACAGCAACGUCAUCAAAGUCCACCUCAAAGGUGUGAAGGAGAACAGCAUCGAUGGUCUGGUCUUCGACACGCUCAUCCCCAAGCCCAUCAUCCAGCGCUACCUCAACCUGCUGAUGGAGCACCGCCGCAUCAUCCUGUCCGGGCCCAGCGGCACCGGCAAGUCCUUCCUGGCCGCCAAGUUGGCCGAGUACAUCGUCCUCAAGAUGGGCCGGGAGGUCACCGAGCACAACGUGGCCAGCUUCAACGUGGACCAGAAGUCUAGCAAGGAUCUGCGUCAGUACUUGUCCAGCCUGGCAGAGCAGUGCAACUCGGAGGAGACGGAGACGGAGCUCCCCACCGUGGUCAUCCUGGACAACCUCCAUCACAUCGGCUCCCUCAGUGACAUCUUCAACGGAUUCCUCAACUGCAAGUACCACAAAUGCCCCUACGUGAUUGGGACCAUGAACCAGGGGGUCUCCUCCUCGCCCAACCUUGAGCUCCAUCACAACUUCCGGUGGGUGCUGUGCGCCAACCACACCGAGCCCAUUAAAGGCUUCCUGGGUCGCUUCCUGCGGAGGAAGCUGAUCGAGACCGAGAUCGAUAAGAACAUGCGGAGCAACGACCUGAUCAAGAUCAUCGACUGGAUCCCCAAAACCUGGCAGCACCUCAACGGCUUCCUGGAGGCCCACAGCUCCUCCGACGUCACCAUCGGUCCUCGUCUCUUCCUGUCGUGUCCUAUGGACGCCGAGGGCUCGCGGGUUUGGUUCACCGACCUGUGGAACUACUCCCUGGUGCCAUACCUGUUGGAGGCCGUCAGAGAGGGGCUGCAGCUGUACGGGAAGCGGGCGGCGUGGGAGGACCCGUCUAAAUGGGUGAUGGACACAUACCCGUGGAGCGCCGCGUCCCUUCAGCAAGAAGGCCAGUCGCUGCUCCAGCUGCGGCCGGAGGACGUCGGCUACGAUGGCUACUGCUCCUCCAAGGAGGGAACCUCCUCCAAACAGGUCUCUCAGAGCGACACGGAGGGGGACCCGCUGAUGAAUAUGCUACUGCGCCUGCAGGAGGCGGCCAACUACUCGAGCCCACAGAGCUGUGACAGCGACAGCACCAGUCACCACGACGACCAGCUGGACUCCUCGCUGGAAUCGGCGCUGUGACGCGCAGACGGCGGCAAAGCCCCGGAUCCCUGCGGACCCGGAACCCUCCCGGCGAAACCAAAACCAAGAAGUCUGGGAGUUCCAGGGAGGCAGAACUCAGUUCGGGGCCCCCACAGCACCGGGACUGACACAUAACGAGUCUUACUGUCCAAAACGUCCAAUCAAAAGACAAACACAGUCUCAGCCGCUCUCACUAAACGACCGACAGCACAAAAAUCAGAAAUGAUCGUCGUUUUGACGCGACACCAGAUCACCCAGAUCCUCGUUCUUUUUAAAGAUGACCAACACUUUUACAGACCGGGUUCCCGGGAGGUGUCAGACAGGUAUUUUAGGAGCUCGUUUGGUUUCUCAAAACGGAUCUGUGGCGUUCUGAAACGGAGCCCUUUACAAACCCUGUGGGCAGGAUUUGUCCCUGACGGGACAACAUGUCCUCCGCCAACGUCAUUCUGCAGUGGGCCACGAGCGGGCCAACGGCCCUCCGGUCUCUUUCCCCCCGCCGGGGAGAGACGGUUUCUGAAAAGCCGAGAGGUUUAGCGAGAAGCGUUUGACGACGAUGAAACUGGAUUUUAUUUUGUUUUUCCAGUCACGGUUAUUUUAUAUUAUACUCAGAUGUUUACAGUGGGGACUAAUGCUGCCCUGUUCUUUUGUGUUUACAUAGGUGCUUCACACACACACGCACACACACACACACACACACACACACCAGGCUUUUAUCCCUCCUGCCAUCGUCUCAGGCCUCAGGUUGGGCCGUGUGGUUCUGGUCCGGGGUCGUACGAAAACCAUCUCAGUUGUCAGAAACUGCCAAGACCGCCGCCGCCGCCGCCGCCGCCGCCCCGGAAGCCGGAGACAACAAGCACAACUGAACACUCCUGCCAUCCGCCUGUCACCCGGCCAAGCCGCUACUGUGAAGUCUGAAGUGGACAAGUGCCAACAACACCGUUUGAUUUACUGCCAUACACACACAACACACACACACAACACAACACAACAGACACACAACACAACACACACACACGGAAAUGUCUCAUAACACAGGAAAGAGCAAGGUUGCAAACUAUUUUAUUUGUUUUUGAAAGGCUUUCUAUGUCACGCAGUCUGUCUGUACGCUCUGUGUGAUAUGCACCAACAGGGGGCGCUCUCUGGGUCUGUGCUAGACGGGUGGGGUUUAAGUGCAUUUGGACUUUUCAGAUCAUGCCAGUCAGUUACACAAACGCUUUCCCUGGAUUAUCUAAACGUCCUGGCAUUGCCUUGUGACCCGGCGCAGCGACA